AUGUCUGAUUUUGACAAAUACACUACUCCUCUAUCAUCCCGUUAUGCUUCCGAAGAAAUGUCAUCUAUUUUCUCAUUGAGAAACCGUUUCUCAACCUGGAGGAAGCUGUGGUUGAACCUGGCGAUUGCCGAGAAGGAACUAGGCCUAUCCGUGAUCACGGAUGAAGCGAUUGCAGAAAUGAGCGCAAACUUGAAAAUAACUGACGAGGACAUUGCGGAGGCCUCCAAGCAAGAGGCCAUCGUCAGGCACGACGUCAUGGCCCAUGUUCACGCUUUUGGCCAGACCUGUCCAUCGGCAGCCGGUAUCAUUCACCUGGGUGCUACGUCGUGCUUCGUCACUGACAAUGCGGAUUUGAUCUUUCUAAGAGAUGCGUACGACGUGCUUAUCCCUAAGCUGGUUAAUGUGAUCGACAGGCUAGCCAAGUUUGCUGCUGAAUGGAAAGACUUGCCAGUCUUGGGCUGGACCCACUUCCAGCCUGCUCAGCUAACCACUUUGGGUAAGAGGGCAACCCUUUGGAUCCAGGAAUUGCUGUGGGAUUUGAGAAACUUCGUUAGAGCCAGAAAUGAUCUCGGUUUGCGUGGUGUUAAGGGUACUACUGGUACCCAGGCUUCGUUCUUGGCCCUUUUCCACGGAGACCACGACAAAGUUGAAGCCUUAGACAAGAGAGUUACGGAGCUACUUGGUUUUGAAACUGUCUAUCCAGUCACCGGUCAAACUUACUCCAGAAAAAUCGACAUCGACGUUUUGUCGCCUUUGUCCUCAUUUGCUGCUACUGCUCACAAGAUGGCCACUGAUAUCAGAUUGCUGGCUAAUCUGAAAGAGAUCGAAGAGCCUUUUGAGAAGUCCCAGAUUGGCUCGUCCGCAAUGGCCUAUAAGAGAAACCCAAUGCGUUGUGAGCGUGUGUGUUCUUUGGCCAGACACUUAGGAUCAUUGUUCAACGAUGCCGUCCAAACCGCCUCUGUCCAGUGGUUUGAGAGAACGCUGGACGACUCUGCUAUCAGAAGAAUUUCAUUGCCAAGUGCUUUCCUUACUGCCGAUAUUUUGUUAUCUACUUUACUCAAUAUUUCUUCCGGCCUAGUUGUCUAUCCAAAGGUUAUUGAAAGAAGAAUUAUGAGUGAGCUUCCAUUUAUGGCUACGGAAAACAUCAUCAUGGCUAUGGUUGGAAAAGGUGCCUCUAGACAGGAGGUUCAUGAAGCCAUCCGCGUGUUGUCUCACCAAGCUGCGGCUGUCGUCAAGGAGCAAGGUGGGGACAACGAUCUAAUAGAACGUAUUAAGAAUGAUCAAUUCUUCGAGCCUAUCUGGAACGAGUUAGACUCUUUGCUAGAACCAUCCACAUUUGUCGGUAGGGCUCCACAGCAAGUUGUCAAAUUCAUUGAAGUGGAUGUUGCCAAUGCUUUGGCUCCAUUCCAAAGCAAGAUCACUGAUGAGCAGGUUAAAUUGAGCGUUUAG